GUCAAUUGUUCGUGUUGAUUACACUGGUCGAAAAGAUUACCGGCAUCUAGAUCAACCAGCCUAUCGAGAAAGAGGAAGAGGGAGGAGAGCAAACAUCAACCAAAAGCAAAGGCAAAGGCAAAGCGGAAGACCGCAGCAAAGAGGACAAAACAGUCCAGCGGAUGGUACCACCUUGGUACCAGAACUGCUGCUCCUUAACCGGCGUUGAGGCAGUUGACGCCGUACACAUUGUCGAUGUCCGAGCAAUAAUAUCCAUGAAUAGCCCUAUUAACUUUUGGUGGGUACUUCGGAUGUUCUGGCCUUUGGAAGCCAUCCAACAGCUCGACAUCGCCGGCCAUGAGAAACGGAACAUUCUCCCGUUGUAGCCUACCGCCCAUCGGCUCUGGGACCGGCAUAAAUUUGCCCUCCGUCCCAUCCAGCACCCAAUCAAUCCAGAGCAUAAGAUGUACCUUCAAGUCGUCUGGUUUAAAGAACGGCAUACCGAGAUAGGUCUUGCUAGUGGCGGCCAGGGUUAUAGCAAGGAGACUAACUUGAUGGAUCGUAAGCGGACGAUACAGGACUCGAUUGGGGCCAGCGCCAGAUAUGUCGUACACGGCGAUAUCUAUGAGUUAAGCACGUCUGACUCGGAGAAACGCCCGCUACCACACAUCCGCUUCUUCCAGAUGCGAUAUGCCAUGCAACAGAUAUUUACCGGUAUAAAAGCCGCCGGAGCCCUUCAAGCUAUCUUUGGCGGCGACCCCCCGGACGAUCACAUACCAGGUUCGGUUCGAAACGAGGCAUUUUUACCUACCGAUUGGGACGAUAUGCUCAAAGAGGCUCUCGAGCUCGGCAUCUUGAACGAGAGGACAGAAGCAAUUUGGAGAAAAUCCCUUCUCGAGAUGGCGUACCAUGAAGCUAUAUGGAAAGUUCAGUUUCCUAAGCGAUUGCAAAGAGAGCUAGGCGAGAGCGAUUCCGAUCUGGAGGCCUCAGGAGAGGAGUGCGUGGAUACCUCAGGAGAGGAGUGCGAGGACGACUAGAAGUCAUGCUCCAACACCAGACUCCCAGCGAAUGGCGAGGGGGAGACGCUUACGCUCACGCCCAAGGCUCUCCAAGCUGAGCCUCAAGGGAAGCUACCGCAAGCUCAAGGAGGUAUCGGGCAAGUUCAAGCGGUCUCGAGUUGUGUCGUU